AAAAGAGUAUAGGGAGAGUGAGAAUUGAGAGAUUCUCUGUUACCAAAAACCCCAAUGUGGUGGGCAAUGUCUCUUCUCAGUUCCUCUCCACUCCUUCACAUUCCAUCAUCCACUCCUCCCCCAACCUCCAGAGGUUCCUUCCCUCCUCCACCACGACCCACCAUAUCAUAUCCUCCUCCUUCUUCUUCUUCUUCUCCAGAACGGCGACGUUUCAUCUCCAAAGUGAAACCCCUUCAUUCCCUUACUUUCCCUACACAUCCCAUACGCUGUUGCUCUACCUCAUCCAUGUCCUCCCAGGCAUCCCCUUCAACCUCUCAGGUCCAGGACUGCUUGUUAUAUUCAAGAGCGUACUGGGUCACUGAAUCCGUUAUUGCAUGGAAUGUGGAUGUUCUUGGGAAUGGUUCCUGCUACUUAUUUGCUAGUAAAGGUGCUGCUUUGUCAUUUUCAGAUGAUGGUAUUCAAGGUCAGGAUGUAAAAAUUAAGCUUGAAGAAGAUAACUACGGGCUUCCUGCAAAAGUGAUAGAAAAGUUUCCGCAUAUUAGGGAUUAUCGAGCUUUCAGAUUGCGACCUAGUUUGGAUGUCAAACCUCUCCUCAAGUGCCAAUUAGCAGUUGCUACUUUCAAUUCUGAUGGAAAUUGCAGUGAUGCUACUGGUCUGCAGUUACCUGGUGUAUUGGAUGAAUUGUUCUCGUAUAGUGGCCCCCUUGGUGCACUUUAUUCAAAUGAAGCUGUGUCACUUUUCCUUUGGGCGCCUACUGCUCAAGAAGUACAGGUUUGCAUUUACAGAGAUGGGUCAGCAGAUAAUCCCCAAGAAAUUAUCCGGCUUGAGGAGUAUAAUGGUGUUUGGAGUACUAAAGGACCAAAAGGUUGGGAGGGCUGCUAUUACGUGUAUGAAGUAUCUGUCUACCAUCCUAGCACCCAGAAAAUUGAAAAAUGCUAUGCGAACGAUCCAUAUGCUAGAGGGCUCUCGUCAGAUGCGCAGCGGACACUGUUCGUAAAUCUUGGUUCUGAUACUUUGAAGCCUGAAGGGUGGGAUAAAUUGGCUCAUCAGAAACCUGAUGUACUUUCUUUCUCGGACAUAAGUAUAUAUGAGUUGCAUAUAAGAGAUUUCAGUGCCAGUGACCACACUGUGGAGCCCAAAUCUCGUGGUGGUUAUCUAGCCUUCACUUUGCAGGAUUCAGCUGGUGUACACCAUCUUAAGAAAUUAUCAAACGCUGGUAUAUCGCACAUCCAUCUUCUGCCAACCUUCCAAUUUGCGGGUGUUGAUGAUAAGAAGGAGAACUGGAAUUGUGUAGAUGGUGAGACACUUAAAAAAUUUCCUCCAGAUUCAGCUCAACAACAAGCUCUAAUUACAGCUGUCCAAAAUGAUGAUGGGUACAACUGGGGGUACAAUCCUGUUCUUUGGGGUGUCCCCAAAGGAAGCUAUGCAAGUAAUCCAAAUGGUUCCUGCCGUAUAAUUGAGUUUAGAAAGAUGGUCCAGGCACUUAAUCAUAUUGGCCUCCGCGUUGUACUGGAUGUUGUCUACAACCAUUUGCAUGGAAGUGGGCCCUUUGAUGAAAAUUCUGUUCUCGACAAGAUUGUUCCAGGCUACUAUUUGAGAAGAAACACUGAUGGUUUUAUUGAGAAUAGCACAUGUGUGAAUAACACUGCCAGUGAGCAUUUUAUGGUUGAGCGUUUAAUUAUUGAUGAUCUUUUGCACUGGACAGUUGACUAUAAGUCAUAUGACUUUUUUGUUCAGGUUGAUGGGUUCCGUUUUGACCUUAUGGGUCACUUGAUGAAAAGAACAAUGAUGAGAACCAAAGAUGUGCUCAGCAGCCUAACAACGGAGCAGGAUGGAGUUGAUGGUUCAAGUGUCUACUUAUAUGGUGAAGGAUGGGAUUUUGGUGAAGUUGCCAAGAAUGGACGUGGGGUGAAUGCAUCACAGUUCAAUCUUCCUGGGACUGGAAUUGGGAGUUUCAAUGAUCGAAUCCGAGAUGCAAUACUUGGUGGAUCUCCAUUUGGCCAUCCUCUUCAGCAAGGAUUUGUGAAUGGUCUAUUUUUGCAGCCUAAUGGUCACAACCAGGACACGGCUACUGAAAGACUUAUGCUUGCUGUGUCAAAGGAUCACAUCCAGGUAGGGAUGGCUGCAAAUUUGAGGGACUUUGUGCUAACGGAUUGUGAAGGGAAAGAGGUUAAAGGAUCAGAAGUAUUAACUCAUGAUGGAGUACCAGUUGCAUAUGCUUCGUGCCCUACAGAAACUGUUAAUUAUGUUUCUGCCCAUGACAAUGAAACCCUGUUUGACAUUGUGAGCCUGAAGACUCCAAUUGGAAUUUCUGUGGAUGAAAGAUGCAGGAUAAAUCAUUUGGCUACGAGUAUAAUAGCGUUGUCACAGGGAAUACCGUUUUUCCAUUCCGGUGAUGAGAUGCUGCGCUCAAAAUCACUUGAUCGUGAUUCAUAUAACUCUGGUGAUUGGUUCAACAGGCUUGAUCUUACUUUCAGUUCCAACAAUUGGGGAGUUGGACUUCCCCCAGAAGAGAAGAAUGGGAAAAACUGGCCACUAAUUCAACCUAGAUUGGCUGACCCGUCAUUCAAGCCUCAGAAAAGUCACAUCCUUGCUGCUGUGGAAAAUUUCUCAAAUUUGUUGCUUAUUAGGUAUUCUUCACCUCUUUUCCGCCUGAAGACAGCAAAUGCCAUCCAGGAACGGGUACGUUUUCACAAUACUGGUUCUUCAUCUGUCCCUGGAGUCAUCGUAAUGAGCAUUGAAGACGGUCAUGAUGGUUUGCCGGGGUUAUCCCAACUGGAUCCAAUAUACUCGUACGUUGUUGUUAUCAUCAAUUCAUGUCCAAGUGAGAUUUCUUUUUUGAGUCCUGGAUUGAGGGCUAGAACUCUCCAACUGCAUCCUAUACAGCUGACGUCAACUGAUUACGCAGUCAAGGAUUCUACAUAUGAAACUUCCACGGGGUGUUUCAAUGUACCUGCAAGGACAACAUCUGUGUUUGUCGAACUUCGGAAAAUUUGAGCAGGUUGCUGCCUACCAUGGUUGGCUGUAAAUAUGAUAUUUUAUGAAUGAAUGCCAUUGUCGCUUGUUGCGUAGUAAGUUCCUAGCAAGAGAUUUUAUGGUUGACAUCUUAAUGUAAAUUGUAAAGCUAUAAAUCAAUGAUUUAAUUUGUUAGUACGAAUGAGAUAUAAUUUCACGAAAAUGCGAGUGCAUUUGUUUA